UUCGGUAGAUUUAAGUAGUAUAAAAGCGGCAAGUUAGUACAAAUCAGCAUCCAGUUCAUUGUCUGGGAUCGAUGCGAAACAAUUAUAAGUGGGAUCGCAAUGAAGUUAUUUAUCUGUCUGUCAGCACUUUUGCUGGUUUCAGCCAAUGCUGAAUCAGAGCAAAAGAAGCAAAAGAAAUCUGAUGCCGUGCCGCUGGAGAAGAAGCUGGACAAACGUGGCCUGCUGAACCUGGGCUACGGGUACGGAAUCAACGGGCUCGACGUCGGUUACAUCGGCGGACAUGGCCACGUGGGAGGUGCCUACAGCUCGGCUCCGUCCUACCAGGCGGCUCCGGCCUACGGUGGUCACUACAGUGGCCAUUACGGCGGCCAAUACGGCCAGCCCUUCCUGAUUGGAACGCACGCCGAUGUCACCAAAACCAUUACCGUCACCAAGGGUGUCCCAGUGCCAUACACCGUCGAGAAGCACGUUCCCUACCCCGUUGAAAAGCACGUGCCAUACCCGGUUAAGGUUCCCGUCCCGCAGCCCUACGAAGUGAUAAAGCAUGUACCGGUCCAUGUCAAGGAAUACGUCAAAGUCCCAGUCCACGUGCCAGCUCCAUAUCCAGUGGAGAAGAAAAUCCCCUACCCAGUCCAUGUCCCCGUAGAUCGCCCUUACCCCGUCAAAGUGUUGGUACCUCAGCCCUAUGAAGUGACCAAGCACGUCCCUUACCCAGUGAAGGUCCCCGUUCCGCAACCCUACGAAGUCGUGAAGCACGUCGCCGUCCCGUACAAGGUGGAAGUCGAGAAGCCCGUGCCGUACAUCGUUGAGAAGAAGGUCCCCGUUGAGGUGAAGGUGCCCGUUGACCGUCCCUACCCAGUCCCAGUGCCCAAGCCUUACCCAGUCCCGGUUGAGAAGCCCGUCCCGUACACCGUCGAAAAGCCCGUCCCAUACCCGGUCAAGGUUCCGGUUGACCGUCCGGUGCCGGUGCCCGUUGAGCGACCGGUCCCGUACCCAGUGAAGGUGGCCGUUCCGCAGCCCUACUACGUCGAGAAGCAUGUCCCCUACACCGUCGAGAAGCCCGUCCCCUACCCCGUAAAGGUCCCCGUUGACCGCCCCUACCCGGUGACCGUCGAGAAGCACAUCCCGGUGGAGAAGCACGUCCCGGUCCCAGUUCCGGUUAAGGUUGCCGUCCCGGUUCACUACCACCACCACCACGUCCAGCCCCAGCCAGCGGCGCACAUCCACGUUCAGGCGCAGCCAGCUCAAAUCCACUACGAGCAGCCGGCCUACAAGCACCAGUACGACACCAGCUACACCAGCUUCAGCGGAUACGGCCAAGAUUACAGCUAUCAGCAUUAAGUAUGUGUAAAGUUUUCGUGUAAUGUUACGAGAGUAUAUUUAUAAUGCGCGGCCACGACUUCCCCGGAAGUGUUGCCAGUAGUGGACAUGUGCCACACACACACACAAACACAACCCACCCUCCUCACAAGCUGUGCACCUCCCCACACACGUGCAAGAAGAUAUUAGAGCGGAGCCGAAAUUUGCACCAAUUUGCCAACACACACACACACAACCACACGCAACUACGAAAGCACCUUGCCCAAUUUGUAACCAAUUUUGAAAUUUGUCUCCUUUGUUCUGUAUCUUCACUGUGUUUUAUACUGUUUUUUAUUGUGUACUAUUUUGAAUAGCUACCUGUUAUCGAUUCCGUCUUUGUCCAACCGUGGACAGACCCCGUCCUGAUUACAAAAAAUAAUCGAAAGUUACCACUUUGGAGCGCGGUUCCAAAAGUUACCAACCAAACCUCCCUUCCGACAGCAAAAAAAAAA